AUGGCCAAAACAGCUAAACCCAAGAAGAACCCGCUAGCCAACCCACGAUCCCGAGCCUCCAAACGAGCCUCUUCUCCCUCCAUCGACACGGAUAAAUCCUUGAAACAUGCCCCUCGUGUGUCCGACACUACUACGGUUCUCGCUGCAAAACCUUAUGGCGGCGUCACCAAAGCGAAGAAGAAGCACAAACAAUUGACUCGAGGACAGAAGAAAAGGCACGAAAAAGGGCUUGCUCGAGCAGAGGUGGUGCAGGACCAGUUGGCCAAAAAGGCCGACGUGUCCCAAAUGCGCCUGAAGAAGAUUCGAGAGAGGAAGUCCUUGUGGGACGAGACCAACGGCGCAGCGACAGCCUUCGACAGAGCGAAGAGGAUUCUGAAUCAAGGUGCCAAUGAAAUGAACAGCGAUGGCUGGGAAGAUGAAGAUAUGGAACAAUCAGAGACCAAGGUUGUGGAUGGUGUCAAACUACCUGCCUUCGCCCCGGCGACGAAGCUGGUCAUCGUCAACCGUACUGCCUCUUCAAACAACACCGAUGCAGAGGAUGAUAUCAACAACAUUACGUGA